UGGAUGGAUUUAAAAAGCAGUGAGAUUGUGGAAGCUUAUUCUUCCGAUGCCCCUUCCGCUCUCCGUGACAUCACAUGGGACAAAGAGCCCCACGCUUCACCGCAGGGCGGUUCAUUUUGCUGAGUCGUGAGAGUUAGAGAUUGUCUAGAAGAGAAGCAUAUCUCUUUAAAAGUAUGAAAAUGAACAGAAUUUAAGAACUGCAUCUGCAUCUGCACAUCCAGAAGGAUAAUGAUUUCCGCAAUGCUAAAUCUGAAAUUAUUUAAUCUCUGAAUACAACCUCCGUCUAACUGGUGGUUUGCGGGUGGAGGAAAAGUCUGUUUUCCUGGCACGGUCUGUGAGCUUGGGAAGAAUCACUGGGAAGGAAUCAGAAUUUCAAGGUCAGAAGAUAGAUACUGACGCAGAUCAGCUUCGGUGCUAAACCUGAGGAGAGUUUUCCUGCGGUCUUCAGAAUGACAACGCUGGUGCCUUUGAUAGCUGUGCUGGUCAUCAGUGCUGUUGCUGCCCUUGAUGUACACGUCCCAGAGGUGCCAGUGGUGGCACUCUAUGGUCAGGAUGUCACUCUCCAUUGCACCUUCAAUGCCUCCAGUCCCGUCAACUUGUCGGAGCUGAGCGUCUACUGGGAGCUGGCUGACACCAAGCGCAGCAUCCACAGCUUCUCGGCUGGCCGUGAUCAGCUGACAGAGCAGGCCGAUACCUUCGCAAACCGCACCAGCCUAUUCAAUGCCCAGCUGGGCUCUGGAAACGCCUCUCUGCUCCUGCGUAACGUGCGGAUUGCUGAUGAUGGGGUCUUCUCCUGCUUCGUGAGCUUGGGGACUUUUGGCAGUGGUGCCUUGGUGCUGCAGGUUGCAGCCCCAUACACCAAGCCCCAGGUGACGCUUGCCCCGGAUUUGAACCUGCGGCCUGGAGACGAGGUGUCCCUCACCUGUGUGGCAUAUGGGGGCUUUCCCCAGGCUCAGGUGCAGUGGCAGGAUGGGAUGGGGCGCAACAUGACAGACAAUGUGACCACAUCCCAGGUGGCUAGCGAAGAGGGCUUGUUCAACGUGCGCAGUGUACUGAGGGUGGUGCUGGAGCCCAACAGCACCUACAGCUGCAGGCUACACAACCCGCUGCUGGGGGAGGAAGGACAUGCCUCUGUCACCAUCACAGGCCAGAACACGACUUUCCCAGCGGUGGCCCUUUGGGUGACAGUGGGUCUGGCCAUCUGCCUUCUGGGCCUGCUCAUUGCUCUGGCUGUUGUAUGCCGCAGGAAGAUCAAAGAGAGCUGUGAAGAAGCUGCUGCAGGUGAGGCCUGUGCUGAAAAUGGGCUAAGAGUGGUGCAGUCUGAAUAGGAACAUUGGACAGGACAACGUGCCACUAGACUUUCACCUUGACCACAUCUAUUGCUAAUAGGAGACUGAAUGUGGAUUAAUGAAGACCAAGUGACAGAGGGUUUGGCUUCUUAUCACGGUCUGACCUUAAAGGGCUUUACCGGACCACUGUACUUGCUCUGAUGGUUUCAUUUUCAUUUUAUUGCUUUUGUUUGUGUUUACAAAAGAAAUUAAGGCUUACAUGUGUAACGACCACCUGGUUUGUAAUAAACAAACAAUCUUGCAUUGAGCUUCACAUUGUGCUGUUAAUCAGGCACAAUCUUGGUUUCCUCCUCAUUGGCCCGUGUACAGGAUAUUAAUAAUGUCAAGAUCUCCCUGGAGGAGGCGCUCUUCAUGCCAAGCUUUAUAGUCCUCAGUGCCUUAUACUUUCUAACAUGGACAAAUGCAAUCUGAAGUCAAAGACAUUGCUAAGUGCCCACAGACUGUGUAUUUCUUUGAACAUAAUAUAAUACAAAACAAAGUAUCUUACAGUAAAUUGGUACAUAAUAUUUAUUUUCAAUAAGAAAAGUUUCCAUAUUUUGAGACUUCUGUUUUUUAUAGAGGUGGGAAUGCAGGACAAACUCCCCCCCCCCCUCAAAAAAAAUUGAUUUCUUUAUACAUGCUUUAUGUCUUGAAUGUUUCUUGUACAAAGUGUCUGUACCUUAAACGGCAUAUUGGCAGCCUCCUGUCAUGCAUUUUCAGCACAUCUAAUUAAAUGGAAGAGCAUUUUCUUUUCUUUUUACAUUAAACUCCAUUUAAAAAGCCUGCUUACUGCUUCUGAUUACCUCACUAAAUCCCUUGGUUCAUAUCAGUGUCAUUGCGCUACUGUUUAGUUGCAUUUUAUGUAUCUGCUUUUCACAGCAAGUGUAAGCCGGGCUUAUAAUCAUACUUCCUGCACUAAUUCAGUUCACUCUAAUCUGAAAACUGAAUCCACAUAGUUGCAAUACAGAAAUUCCAAUGUCAGUGCCUCUCGUAUGGGUAAAACUGCACUGUGCUCUAUUUUGUGUACUUGCCGGAACCAGGCUUUAUUGUCAUAUUAAGAAUGUGUCUAUCUACUGUUUUUUUCCCCCACUCAUCAUAUAGGUGCCAAACUGAAACAGUUUUCUUACCCCACUGGCACCAUUUGAAUAGAGCGUCUGAUUCCAAGACUAAAUACAGUAUUGUGCUGCACAGGAUCACAAUGGGAACUGGAAUUUCUGAGUCUCUCCAUGUAAAGCUGUUAGGAAUACAAUCAAGAAGUGUCAAA